CCCCAGAGAUCUCGGGCCUCCUCUUUCUCCUCACAAGUCGGCCCCUCGUGCGCUGGCUCCCUCUUAAUCAUCCUCCUCUGCCGCUACCCCUCUCAUCCCGGCCUGACCCAGAGUUGCUUGAGGCGCCGACAGCUUCACAUCUACUUGUCGUGCCAGCCGACUUUUUUCUCCUCCACCCCUCCUCUCCCUUCAUCCCUCCUCCUCCUCCUCCUGCUGCUCGCCGCCCAACUUUCACGCACAAGCCCCCCUUUCAAGAAGAAAUCCCUCGUUUGAGAUUCGACUCAAGAGGCUUGAAACGUACUUUAUCGGCGCUCGCGUGUCAUUACACGCAUCUGUAUAGAACUGGAUGGUAAUACUUUGAAACGCGCGGCGUUCGGAUCGGCACGUGAUUCAAACCGGCGUGUUACGCUUGAUUUAGGGUGUUUUCACAGUCUGGACACACAGGAAUUGUAGUUGUGUAAUUCAAAAAGUGCACUCUUUACGUGCAGAAUGAAGCGCUAACUACGUAUGCACGCUAAGAGGAACUCCCCCCUAUGGCUAUAAUGACGAAAUACAGAGAUGGGGCGACUUGGACUCGAGUCAUUGUUUUGAUAUCUUGUGACUUGACUUGGACUUGAUCCAUUAAAGGACUUACACUUGACAUAACCUGUGACUUGACUUGAUCUAUUGCGGGACUUGACCAUUUUUUUUCUUUUUUUUUUUUACUUGGGACUUACUUGAGACUUGCACACAGGUGCCUCGAUCUCAUUGGUUUCCACCAAAGAUUCAAAUCUUUAAAAGAAAAUGUUAAAUUUUGUUGUUUUAUUUUUGAAGAACGUCCCAAAACUACUGGUUGCUUAAUAAAGAGCAUCUGUGUUAUAUCUCUAUAAAUGUAGUAAUAACGUAUAAUUGUUACUCAGCCUCUUUAUUUCCCCCUUACCCUCCCUACACAGCACAUUAUUCCCCCCUUUUCUUCUUCCUCCUUUCUUACCCCAUCACCCCUCAUCACUUCACUCCUGCGUGCCUCCUCAUCUCCAUGCCUCUCUCUCUUUUUCUCUCUCUCCCCCUCUUUCAGUCGGAUGCUCGGCGCUGCCGGAGACAGAUCACAGUGCUCUCUUCUGCCCCUCGCCGGGAACCGCACUCUUCUCCGCCAGAUAAGGACGAAGAAAACCAAACAAAAUUACGAAAAAAGGAAAAGAAGAAGAAGAAGAAAAAAAAAGCAAGAGGAUAAAGAGGCAGAUAAAUGGAUGAAUGAAAAGUGAGCCAGCGGAGGCAGGACAAGGAGGGAAAGAAGAGAAAAAAAAAAAGCUCCCUGAAGGAGAGGAGAGAUUUCUAAAAAUACAACCCUGCAUUCUGUUAUUCCCUUCUUUGUCCCCUCCUUCAUUCAGUACCUGUUCUGUGGGAUUAACAUGACUUAAAAUUCAAUCAGCCUACAGCCUGACGGAAGAGCGGUGGAGGAGGCAGACAGAGCGCUGCUGCAGCUGUCGAGAACGAGUGAGGGGACGGCCGACGGGAGGGGGGGAGAGAGAGAGACAGAGAGAGAGAGAGAGAGAGAGAGAGAGAGAGAGAGGGAGAUGGGUGUUUUUCCACGGAGCUGAGAUCGAGCGAGAGCCGCGGAGACAGGGAGAUGUGACGGUUCCAGGAGUCGUGGCGGAAUGAGCCGGGAAACGAGGUCUCCACACAUCCCUCCAUCUCUCCCAAACCCACUCCCUCUGCACCUCCCUCCAAGGUCAUCAAUGAACAACUAACUCAGCGCGGGGGAACGAGCGCCGGAUCACACCGAGCAGAGAACACAGAGGCCCCGAGGCAACCUGGAAAUCACUCCUGGAAGUGAGGAAGGAGCUGGAAGGGAGGGGGGACGGAAAGAGAGAAACGAAAAAAAAAGUGAAGAGCAAAGUAAUAAGAGUCUGAUGAAGAAGGGGGACGUGAGGAGGUGAGGAGGGGAGGUGAAGAUCGCAGCCUGGAGUCUUACUCUUAACCGGAGUGCUCGAUAACGCAGAGGAGAAUUGAAUGCGGCCAUGAGGAAAUCACAUCAAGACGGCAUAAAUAGGAUUUUAAGCAAAGUGGAUUCUUGGAUUUCCUUUCAAACUGAGGUCUCUAUUUCGGAAUACCACGCCGGGACCGGGCGAGUAAUUCAGGAUUUUCCAGGUUUUUCUUCAUCUACAGAGGCCUAAGAGGAUAUCGCCGGAUUGGAAAUUCCUUUCGACUCUCCGGGUUGUCCGACACUGACCUACAUCCGCCUCCUUUUGAUGUGUGCGGGGGGCUCGUGAUCGUGGAGGGGAGUAGGACAGGUUUCGACACGCAUCCCACUCAUCCCCCCUCCUCCUCCUCCCCACCCCCGGCCCUCCACAUCCCCAGUCUGGCCCGACACAAGUAGAAACACCUGGGUCGAAAAAUCUGUGCCACACACACACGCACCUACACGCACACAAACCUACACACAAACCUGGAUAACAUGUGGAGCUGAUUCGGAUUAUAGAGCCGCACAGACGGAAAAGGUCUGUGGACAGCCAGGCGGUCUACCAUGCCUGUCCCCCCACCCCUCAACCCCAGCAGACAAAAGCACCCGCCCCACACACACCUCCACCCCAGACAAAGAGCCGACGGCUCUGCCUUCCCCUCCUCCCUCCCUCCAUCCGUCCUCUCCCUGUCUAUUUCCCCCACUCUUCUUUUCUCACCUUUGCCUCCGCCCCCCCACCUCAUCCACCACACCUGCCCAAGGGCGACGAAGAGAACCCUCCCGGACCCCGCCCCUUUCCCCGCGUUUCACUGGCUGACUCUGGUCACAUGCUGCCUGCUGCCGUCCCUGAUCGGAGCGGGGGAGACCUGGGGCGUGGUCUCGGCCUGCCCCUUCCACUGCGUGUGCCGAAACCUCUCGGAGUCGCUGAGCACGCUCUGCGCCGACAAGGGCCUCCUGUUCGUGCCGCCGCACGUUGACCGGCGCACGGUGGAGCUGCGACUGGCCGACAACUUCAUAACGGAAGUGGGCGGAACGGACUUCGUCAACAUGACCGGUUUGGUCGAUCUGACCCUGUCGAGAAACACCAUCCACCUUAUUCGACCGAUGGCCUUCGCUGACCUGGAGAGCUUGCGCUCUCUGCAUCUGGAUGGUAAUCGCUUGACAACACUUGGACCCAGGGACCUCGCAGGUUUGGUGAAUCUGCAACACCUGAUCGUCAACAACAACCAGCUCGUCAAGGUCUCGGUCCAGGCCUUUGACGACUUCUUGCUCACACUGGAGGACCUCGAUCUGUCCUACAACAACCUCAGGAAGGUGCCAUGGGAGUCCAUCCAGAACAUGGCCAGUCUGCACACUCUGAAUCUGGACCAUAAUCUGAUAGAUUACAUAGCAGAAGGAGUCUUUGGAGAGCUGUACAAGCUCGCAAGGCUGGAUAUGACCUCCAACAGGCUCCGAACCCUGCCUCCUGAUCCACUCUUUGCAAGGUCCCAGACAGGUGCAAUAAGCCCAACCCCCUACAAUGCCGUCAUAAGCCUAAAUUUCGGAGGGAACCCGCUGCACUGCAACUGCGAACUGCUAUGGUUAAGGCGCCUUAUCCGCGGAGACGACAUGGAGACGUGUGCCACGCCUCCUCACCUGGCCGGAAGGUAUUUCUGGUCAAUUCCUGAAGAGGAGUUUACGUGUGAACCGCCUCUUAUCACCCGUCACACACACAAGCUGUGGGUCCUGGAGGGCCAGCGGGCCACACUAAAAUGCCGGGCCAUCGGCGACCCGGAGCCCAUAAUCCACUGGGUUUCACCAGAUGAUCGCAUCAUUGCAAACUCAUCUCGGACCAGCUCCUUCAGCAACGGGACCCUGGAUAUCUUAGUGACAGUCGCCCGGGAUGACGGGGCGUACACGUGCAUUGCAAUAAACGCAGCGGGUGAAGCCACCGCCACCGUGGACCUUAAAAUAAUCCCGCUGCCUCACCGGGGGGGAGUAGGCGGAAACACGGGCAGCAACAACGUCAACACCAAGAACAAUAGGAAUGUGACCAAUGGGAUUUUACGGACAGAUCCGGGCUCGUCGGACAUCAGCACAGGGAAAAACGGAGGGAUUAACAAUGGCCGCGGAGGAGAGACAGAAGACGGGAGAAGAGGUGGAGUAGACGUCGACGCCGACGAUGACGGCAGCAGGGGCUCGGAAGGGGAGAGGGUUGACGGAGGGAGCAUGGAGGAGGACGAGGAGGACGAGGAGGAAGGGAGGAUGGUUGGAGUACAGGGAGUGACGUCGACCUCGGCUCAGGUCCGAUGGGAUUUAGGGCGACUGUCUACAGCUUACGUUGUCUGGAUGUAUCAGAUACAGUACAACUGCACCGCAGACGACACCCUGGUCUACAGAAUACUACCAUCGACCAGUGACCGCUUCCUGUUGAAGAACCUGGUUUCCGGUGUGGACUAUAACCUGUGCGUGCUGGCCAUUUUUGACGACACAAUCACAUCGUUGGCCGCAACGAAGGUCCUGGGCUGCACCACGUUCUCCACCAAAGAUGUUUACCCGGCAUGCCGCUCCCUCCAGGCCCACUUUCUGGGCGGCACACUCACCAUACUGGUUGGUGGCGUGGUGGUGGUCACCCUCCUCGUGUUCACCGUGGCGCUGAUGGUUCGCCACCGCGUUUGCAAUCACGGCGACCACAUGAUCUGCCACAGUGGCAACACUGAGGCGGGAGGAGGGGCCUGUUGUCAGGGUGGAGGCGUAGGGGGCAGGGACAAAGGGGGAAACGGCAGCGGGUGCUACCAAUCAAAUGGCUCCGGAGACGUGAUGAUGGUGGUCCUGCCAAAUGGCAUGCCUUCUAAGAGAGGGGGGGAGAAGGAGAAAGAGAAGGACAAGGACAAGGAGAAAGAAGCGUCCGAUUCUGCUUCUUCUCUGCCUCCAAAACUGCCUCCAAAGCCAAGGCCAAAGCCUAAAGUCAACCUGGAGCAGUUUCUUUCGGCCGGGGGGGUUGUUUCCACAACAACAGGGGGAGGGAGUGAGAUGGCUUUGGUGGUGAGGCAGCGGAAGCUGGAGAAGGCGCCGCCGUACACCCCGGAAAGCGACAGAACUCCGCUCUACUACUCCCCCUCUCCUCCAUCCACCCUGCCCCGCCAGUCACGUUCCAGGGAGCGCCCAAAACCUAGACUGGAGCGAGAACUGACCAAUCGUGCCAGUUUCUCCCUGGCUGCUCCCUUGAGAGACUCGGAGCUGUUGGACUGGAGAAUAACACCCAGAGGAAGGGACAAAUGGAACUCCUCACAGGCCUAUCAGAGCCCAGUAUCCCCUCUAAGUCCUGCCUGUGGGACUGUUAGCAAACGGCGGCACUCGCUGGAUAUGGGCUCCUCUGUUGCCCUAGCUACUGAUGCCGCAGCUACAGUUGCCAGGCGAUAUGGAGCAGUCAGUUACGCCAAGCGGCUAAGCGUGAUCUGGACAAGGCGGAGCCAGUCGCUUCACGGAAUGCUGGUGCAGUGCGCCUCGACGACAAGCACAACUUCUUCAACAAACAGCGAUGACGGCGAGGGCGGCGGGAGCUUUGCCGGUCCCUGCGAUUUCCAACGGGGAUACAUCCACGCUUAUAACACUACUAACUCCAACUCUAACACUGGCUUCACUGCCGGGAAGGCUGGCAAUGUAAAAGACAGGGCCAGGGAGAAAGGGAAGGACGGAAGGAGCGCUGAAGAACUGGAGGAAAGCGUGGUAUAGGGGUUGUGGAGCAGAGUGCAAAAGGAUUAAGGGUUCUGUGAGUGGAUGUUGAUUUGAGAAGGCCAAAGAGGUGGAGUCUGGAGAAAAUGAGGGAGAAAGUAAGGGGAGAUGAAGGGAUUGUAGAUAAAGAAGGGUCUCACUUUUGCAGCUCCUUGAUUUGCACAUGGGUUAGGGUCGCGCGGAAAAAUGCAGAGAAGAGGGGAAAGCACACCUGGAACUGAGGUGAAGAUUUUUAAGAGGCUCUCUUACGGGUCUGAAGAGAGAUGGGCAGUAAGAUAAGCGAGGAAAGAGCUGUGACAAGAAAAUAUGGAGAGCAGGGGGGAAGAAAACAGUGGUCUUUAAAUACUCUGAGGCUGAGGUCUUUCAGUAAAUAACCGAUGCUUAAUACAAAUGAAAGCAGUAGGACAAAAACAAAAAUCUAAGACGAAGAAGGCGACAACUGUGAGAACAGAUGAUCCGAGUGGUAUAUAGUUAGAGAAAGAGGGAGCAACAUAAUCAAAGAUGGGGCAACAACAGUAGAGCGUCAGGUUGUGAGGCAGAGACGGAGAUGGUGUGAGCUCAGCGUGGAUCUUAGUAAAGCCUUUGCAUUGAUAGAGCCACAUUUUUGCUAACACCCCGGCCCAAGUAUUACCAUAAGGAUUUACACAGGAUCAAAAACAGGAACACAACUGGUAAUAGCGGGGGAAGAAAAAAAACACUUCCCUGCCAACAAUACAACAGUGAAAUGGGCCCGGAUGGCGUUGCCCUGCUUUGUUAUUUCGACUCCGACACCGACGGCCAUCUUGAAACUCUUUUUUUUUUUUUUUCCAAAUAGCAACGAAUGUGACUUUUAUGUGUCCUCUACGUCUGGACAAUGAUUUUGGCUCGCUGUGCUCGCGGAUUAUGGGAGUAUAAAUACAGAGCCGGGCGCAUUUGACAUGAUCAAUCGAUACGGGCUGGAAAGAGCGAGUGGAGCACAGACAUUAUUAAAAGAAAGACACUGGGAUUACAACGGAGUCAAUAUGGAUUACAAAAUGGAGGAGACAGGGGUGGCGAACAUGCAAACGUCAGAGGAUAAUGGACCGAACAAAUGAAUAAUGCUAAUGGAUGCAUAAGUGUGCAUGCACCGAUGGAUCAGGGUCAGGAGCGUGUAGGUGUGCCUCCGUGUGUAUUUGUGCGCGCACAUGUAUAUGAAUGUCUGUGAGGGGCGAUCCAGCGAACCCGACUCCAUCCAUGUUUAAAAAAUAGUUUUGUGCUUUCUGGACAUGCCGUAAAAAAGAAUAAACCUAAAGAUGUUAAGAUUGGAGGUGGUCUCAAAGCGAAGCGCGCGUGAAAAGGCCCCUUUUUACACCACGACCAGUGAAUCACUAUUUUCAGCAAUGUAGCAUGGUCAGAAAGCGUCGAGAGGGGAAUCUCAGACAUUUCAGAUUCCUUUUGUGUGACUUCAGACUUCUAUGUGCCACAUGAGUUCAUUAAAUCCAAACUGUGAAUGUUUUCAGAAAAGAAGCUGGGAAAAAAAAAAAAAAAAAAAAAAAAACUCACAAUAACAGAACCACUAUGGAAUCCACUAUCUUGGAAGACUCCAACGGCACAGACCAGAGAGACUCUUAAAUCUUCUAUCAAAGAGAGAUAAAAAUUAAAAGAAAAAAACUUGAAAGUACAUAUAUAUAUAUAUAUAGUACAUAUAUAUAUAUAAAAAUAAUGUUAUUUGUCGCACCGCGUGUUUCUGUUUUUCAAAGUUUUCUGGGGAAUGUUAGGAUCCAAUGCAAAAAGUGUGUGAUAUUUUGUUUUAGACAAAAAAAAUAAUAAAAAAAAUCCUCCUGAUUAGAACAGAACAAUGUUUAUUAUAACUAGGCAGAAAAAUAAAGACACAGAAUAAGCACACGGCACAAAACACACACUAACUGCCAAGCACAUACAUCCCAAAAAAACACACACACACGUGCGCUAACAGAUGCCUAUAAAACAGAGCCAACUACAUUAAUAAUAAUAAUAAUAAUGAUGAUGACUUUUAACCAUUAAUGUUGUUUCCUUUCUGUUUUUAUUUCAUUUUGCCAAAGUCAAUAUUGUUCUCUGGACUUGAUAUAAAUAAUAAAAAUUACAUGUAUGGAACAGAGACUGACUCAUUAA